AUGCCCAAAGUCUAUCUCCUCUCACGUACCCUUGAUCCUCUCCUCGGAGUAUUCACAGGCCUUCUCGCUUACUAUCUACACGAAACGAACCCACGAUCGGCACCGCCAGAGGGACAUACGCUGCGCGAACUGGCAGCUUGGAAGUGGGGAAUGGCGAAGGAGAGGCGGGCACAGGCAGCUGGAGCAGCGGGCGGGGAUGGUCUAGAAGGAUUGGCCGGGGCGGAGUGGGAUAGGGGUUGGCUGCGAGCAAGCGAUGCGGACGAGCAGAAUGUGCAGACAGGGGACUGUGCGAGCAGGAGGAGAGCCAAGUUGGGCAAAAGGUGCAGACCCACUAGACCAUGCAACCAACGACUACAACCCAUAGACAUCAUCGCAUAG